GGGGUUUAAGCAUGCACGAGGUGAAGAACUGAAAAUAAGAUCUGAGGUAUUACUAGAGGACAGCUGAAACAUCUACUUUUACCAGAGUUUCCGGAAAGUUUCAUUAUUCUGCAGAGUCUAGACGCCAUGCCUCACACUGGACAAGCUGGUAUUAAUCAACUCGGAGGAGUCUUUGUCAAUGGUCGACCUCUUCCGGACUGUGUUCGUCGACGAAUCGUGGAACUAGCACUGAUGGGUGUGAGGCCAUGCGACAUCUCACGACAACUGCUGGUGUCUCAUGGAUGCGUGUCGAAAAUACUUACGAGAUUUUACGAAACAGGAUCCAUCAAGCCUGGAUCCAUUGGAGGUAGUAAGCCAAAGCAAGUAGCCACACCUCAGGUUGUUCGACGGAUUCUACGUUAUAAACAAGAAAACCCUUCCAUGUUUGCCUGGGAAAUCCGAGAUCUCCUUCGUAGUCACGGGGUCUGUGACGUCAACACCAUACCUAGUGUCUCAUCCAUCAACCGGAUUUUACGUAACAGUGGUCACGUGGUACCCGAUUGUCCGCCUUGCCCAGACAACAUGACUGAUAACCAACUCACAAUCGCUCCUCCAACUUACUAUCCCCGAUCUUCUGUUAAUCACUAUCCAGCUGAAAUGUCUUCCAGUUCCAGAAGGACGAUUGCACUUAGCUCACCAGGCCCGAAGAAGAAAAAAAAUCUCUGGUGA